AUGGAGUGUCUCAAGAAAGUCGCCUACCAACAAAGGAGGAUCUGCAGAACAUUCUCCAGAACAUCGCUGAACUCCGUAGCACCCGAUCGUAAGAUUCCGGAGCACAUAAGAAAGAAGCGACAGUCCUAUCAGGACUACUUGGACAAUCUUGGCCGAGCCGACUACGACGUUCGAAUAGAGGAAGUUCGAAAGCUAGUGUCAUUAUCCACAGGAUGGCAGAAUAUACUCUAUCCGUUCGGCUCAUGGGCAAUGGACGAGCAGCUGUUGGGCCAGGCUGGACGAGAAACGCAGACGAAUCUCGGCUUCGACUGUCCGUUUUUUGGUUUCAGGUUCAACUAUACCUUCGUCUACCCGAUGGGUAUGAUAUCAUUCGCGAUGCCGUCGUUUACCGCACCUCCAUGGACUUUCCCAAAUCCUUCAUGGCCGAAGCAACGG